UUGGGAAGGACUCAUUCAUGCAAAUUGGAUACGUUCUAAUUGAAACAAGGUUGGCAGUGUUUCAGCCAGUAUGCUGCAGCAGAGCUGAACUUUAAAGGUCGCUGGAAACCAAGUGCCUGGUAAGUGAAUGCAGUUGGAGUAUAAGCAAUUCAAGACGACGUGGAAACUGUAGUCUAAGGAACGGUGUGUUUGUUCGUGACGUGCAUUGCUCUCCCCUUGGCUCAUCGUCCUCGUAUGUUUCUUUGGGACGCGUGCCGCAGGUUUGUGGGGUUGCGCUCCGUAACGUUCAACUUCCCUAGAUGUUUUUCUGCUUCAUCUGGUCUCGACUUAGAAGCUGUGAACGCUGUGCUUCUGGAUCAAUAAUAUGUUCGGAAAGACCAGAUGGCACAACGGCUAAGACUUCAUUUUGCAACAAGAAGAAGCAACACUGAUCCACUGCCUGAAAGCCCCGGAGAUGGCUUGGACAGUAACAUCCACAUGUGCUUUGAAGGAUUUUCUCAAAGUUCUGCACCUAGUGUGAUACAAAUGAGGCUGUCUCCAAGGCACGCUGUUCAGCAGCCAUCAUCGCCAGAAACUGAUACGUUGCAUCAAGAUGAUAACCGCUCGCCACCCGGCAAAAAGAGUACAUCCCUGCAGAUUUCUUUGCAACCCAGCAGGGAUAGUAGAUGUCAUCAAUCCGGAAACAUAGAGCCUUCUACUGAAGAUAUUGGAUUUGGCAAGGAUGGAAUUAAUUGUACUUAUAAUGUAAGCAGAAAUGAUAGCUUUUACCCAUUGGUAAAUGACAGGAGUUUUCCGAGCAGCGCACCGGCCAGUAAUGGCAGCUUGGGUAGCAUUGGGGCCAGUGACAAUGGUUCUUACAGUAGUAAUAGCAGUGAUUAUGGAUCCUGCACAAGUACUACAAGUGACACUGGCUCGUGUACAAACAGCAUAUUAAGCGACAGUAGUAGCUGCAUUCUUUCUUUAGGUGAAGGCAAUUUUUUUAGCAACAUGUUCUGUGGCAAUCCAACAUGUGGUAGCACAGAACCUAAGACGACUACCUUUAGGAGCGAUAACCUGCAGGAGGUUUUUCCUCAAUGUGGUACCAAGUAUGUAUUUGACCAAGAUCACAAAGACGCGGAGGUGGACGUAGUAAAACUGCCUACAAGAAAGAAAACUAAACUACCACUGAGGCGCUGUUCUUCGUUGGUUAUCUUUCCUCGAAGUCCUUCUGACACUCCACCGACAUCCCCAACAUGUUUGAGCCCUCCGUCAAACAGAGGAUCCUACCAAACAUCCUACCAGUUAAUGCUGUCUUCUCACGAGCUUCCAAAUAACGAGGAGCAAGCAUCCUCAAAGGGUUUUCUUUCAACAGCUGUCAAUGGAGUUCGUCUUUCCAAAACUACUUGCACUAUUGGUGAAGUUCGGGACGUUAAACCGCUUUACUUGAAUGACUCGAUACAAGAGAGUGAGCAUCUGUUGCAUGCCCCCGAGAAUCCUCCAGCUGCAAAAGAUGAGUUUCCUUGUGUUUCUGUUCAUAUUAAUCACCAGAGGCCAUUAUCUGCCGGUAAUGAAACUACCAGAGGCCAUCGGAAAUCAAAACUGAAUAAAGAUGAACCUCAGCUAAACUGUACCCCACAGUAUAGUCAUAUUAGACUGGUGCGGAGCACUUCUGCGUGCUCCCCUCCCCAUAAGAUUUCCGAAUGUCAAAUAAGUGUUAAUGAAGACCGGGGAAUGAAAAAUGUUCCCAAAAGAAAAUCAAAUCACUUUUUUCAAAGAAGCAUAUCUGACGGGCCCCAUCAAAAAAUGUCUUCCUCCAGUCUUAAGUAUAAUUCCCCAAAGUUAGGGUCGUCUCAUUUGCACAUACAGUUUACAUCUGGAAAUGAAAGCAGGAUAAGUAGUUACAAAAAACAAUUUAUAAGAAACCCCAGAAGUGAAUUGGCUAAUAAGCCUUCUGUGAAAUUCCAUAAGACCAGAGACGAUUUCCUUGGUCAAGUGGAUAUUCCUCUUUAUCAGUUACCAACAGAAAAUCCACGGUUGGAGAGACCAUAUACCUUUAAAGACUUCAUUCUUCAUCCGAGGAGUCACAAAUCUAAAGUCAAAGGAAAUCUUAGGUUAAAAAUGACUUAUUUGCCUAAAAACAAUGGAUCAGAAGAAGAUAACCCAGAACAGGCUGAAGAGUUGGAGCCUGGCUGGAUUAUUUUGGACCAACCAGAUGCCUGCCAACCCCAGCAGCAACAGGAAUUAUCACCGCUACCUCCAGGCUGGGAGGAAAGACAAGAUAUCCUUGGCAGAACGUACUAUGUCAGCCAUCAGUUUAGAAGAACACAGUGGCACCGUCCUACAGUUCAAGACGGCUCAGCGGGUUCCGACAGUGGUAAUAUUCAGCUUGAAGCUCAGCACGCCUUCACUACCAGGAGGCAAAUCUCAGAAGAAACAGAAGGCCCGGAAACCAGGGAGUCUCCAGAGAGCUGGGAGAUAAUAACAGAGGAUGAAGCAACAAUAUACAGCAACCAUAGCACUCAGACUCAGUCUGCACAGAGCAAUGACCUACUGGCACAGAUCACGGAGGAGCUCAGCAUAAACCUCAAUAUAUCUGGGACGGCACCCAGUGGCCGGCAAGGAGCAAUCACUGUCCUUUCCAACAGAAGAGAAGGCUUGCAAUCCUAUACUAACGAGGAACUCCCUACAAUACCGAUUCUACUGCCUACAUCAUCCGGGCUGCCGCCAGGUUGGGAGGAAAAGCAAGAUGACAAAGGGAGAUUGUAUUACAUCGAUCACAAUACAAGGACUACUACAUGGGAAAGACCUGCGUUACAGCAGGGACCGAUGGAAGUUGCACAGCCGUCUUGUACCCAGAGUUUCUCCUCAAACCGCCAGGCGUACACGGCAGUCAACGAGCCCAGCCAGCUUUCAGCGGCGUCGGAAUGUCGCUUUCUGCCGAAGGGCUGGGAAAUGCGCCAUGCUCCAAACGGAAGACCAUUCUUUAUCAACCACGUUACUAAAACUACUACAUGGGAGGACCCAAGAUUAAGGAUUCCAGUUCAGCUGAGGCCAAAGCCGCCGAUAGAUGUGUCUGAUCUUGGACCGCUACCUCCUGGAUGGGAAGAAAGAACACACACAGAUGCAAGAGUCUUCUACAUUGACCACAAUACAAAGCGGACACAGUGGGAAGAUCCACGCUUACAGACAGCUGCGAUAACCGGGCCAGCCGUGCCUUAUUCCCGCGAUUACAAGAGAAAGUAUGAGUACUUCCGCAAAAAGCAGAAGAAACAGCUUGAUAUUCCAAAUAGAUUUGAAAUGAAAUUGCACCGUACAGCUAUUCUCGAAGAUUCCUACAGGCGAAUAAUAGCGGUGAAAAGGCCCGAUGUCCUGAAAGCCCGUCUCUGGAUUGAGUUUGACAGCGAGAAAGGCUUGGACUAUGGCGGGGUGGCUAGAGAAUGGUUCUUCCUGAUCUCCAAGGAAAUGUUCAAUCCUUAUUAUGGCCUCUUUGAAUAUUCUGCCACCGAUAAUUAUACUUUACAGAUUAAUCCUAAUUCUGGGCUGUGUAAUGAAGAUCACCUUUCUUACUUCAAGUUCAUUGGCCGUGUGGCAGGCAUGGCUGUGUAUCACGGAAAGCUUUUAGAUGGGUUUUUCAUCCGUCCUUUCUAUAAAAUGAUGCUGCAGAAGGCAAUAACACUGAAUGACAUGGAAUCUGUGGACAGUGAAUAUUACAACUCACUCCAGUGGAUACUUGAGAAUGAUCCUACAGAACUAGACCUACGAUUCACGGUUGAUGAAGAACUUUUCGGUCAGACUCGUCAACAUGACCUGAAGCCUGGUGGUUCGGAUAUAGUAGUCACCAACAAGAACAAGAAAGAGUACAUUCAUCUUGUCAUACAAUGGAGAUUUGUGAACAGGGUCCAAAAACAGAUGGCCGCCUUUAAGGAGGGAUUUUUUGAGCUGAUCCCCCAAGACCUGAUUAAAAUAUUUGAUGAAAAUGAAUUGGAGUUGCUGAUGUGUGGUUUGGGAGAUGUUGAUGUGAAUGACUGGAGAGAGCAUUCAAAAUACAAGAACGGAUAUGCCUCAGGACACCAAGUUAUACAGUGGUUUUGGAAGGCGGUGUUAAUGAUGGAUGCGGAGAAGAGGAUUCGGUUACUGCAGUUUGUAACAGGAACUUCACGUGUACCUAUGAACGGCUUUGCUGAGCUUUACGGCUCAAAUGGACCACAGUUGUUUACAGUUGAAAAAUGGGGCACUCCAGAAAAACUCCCAAGGGCGCAUACGUGCUUUAACCGCCUGGACCUGCCACCUUACGAGUCGUUUGAGGACCUCUGGGACAAGCUACACAUUGCAAUUGAAAAUGCACAAGGCUUUGAUGGGGUGGAUUAAGGAUCACCGCAGGAAAAAAUUCUUAAAAUAAAAAAAAAAAAAGUGCUGUGUUUACACAUAAAAAAGAAGUCAAUUUCCCAGGGAAAUGCUAUAGUGUUAUUUGGCAGGUUAUUUAGGAAGCUCUCAUUUUUUCACGAGGCAUUAAGAAAUAUGUCCUGAUUUGUAUAUACAUGUACACUGAGAAGUUCUAAUGCCUGUCUUGCCUAAAAUAAGGAGAAUACCUCUUUACGAAAGCAGAAAAUGUAUUUUGAAACUACUGAAUUACGGACUGUGAAAAGUGCAUAGAUGUGACGCCCAAGAGGCUGUGAGCUCAUUUCACAAAAAAAGAAGAAAUAAAGCGGGGCCACCAAAGCCCCUAAAAUUCUGGGUUUCAGGCCCCAUCAGUAAGGUUUUUCAUAAAUAAAACCAGUGUUGCUUCAGGCUGUGUAAUUUGACCAGGCAAUUAAUAAUC